ACACACACACACUACAGAACUGCUGUAUCAUCAACCACAUUGUGUAAAUGCAUUAUUUUAUGGUUCAUUCUGCUGUUUGUUAUUGCUAUGUAAGUAUAAGCAACUUUAUAUGACUGUAUUUAUGACGUGUAUCACUUUAAUGUUGAUGUAAACAAAAACUUAAAUUAGAACAAAUAUUUACAGUUAAGUAUAAUGUUAAAAUAUAUUUGAUAUUACGCCAUAGUGUGCCUUUGACCUACACAGCUGAUUUUGUGUAGAUCAGAAUAAAUGCUGCUUUGUUCUGCAAACAUGUUUCAUCCGCCCUCUUUUUAAAUAUUUUCUGCCAUGCCGUUAUCAUGAUGGGAAUUUACCCAGAAGCUUGUUUUUGAACCGAUCUAAGAGCACUCUUUGUGUGAGAGCGCUGUUGUUUUUGAAGAUCUUGUGUCUGAGGUCACUGAUACAGCUCCACUAAAUCGAGGUCAAAUAGUUUGUUUCUUGGGUUUGCGGUGAAAUAAGCAGAACUACUUUUUCAUCUCAAUGAAAAUGUCUCCUUGGUGACAGCUCAGUUCCUGUCUUCACUACCUGUCCCCACACAUAAGAAUCUGUUAAAAUGCUGGUAAUUCUGGUUGUUGACACAUGAACCAAAAAUAAAGCUUCUCAUAUUUGUCUUGUAUGUUUGCAUUGAAGUUAGCCAAAACAUCAGAGCCUUGAGUUAGCAGUGGGAGCUCAGGUGUACUCUGGCCGAACAUAAUAAUACCUCUGCUGUUUGUGUGAUAAGGCACUAAUUUCAGUAUGUUAUUGAUUAAGAGCUCAAGGAUGUCUGGUGUUUGGUACAUAGAGUCCCUGAGGCCCCUAGAGGAGAACCCAUAACUGAAUGGGUGAAAAGGAAGACGAGAGGAACAAUUCCUCAUUCUUCUACUAUCCACACCUAAGACCAUGCCUAGGCCGCUCAACUGUGCAGUCUGGAUUUCUGUGUCGGUCCUUCUGUGUGGAUCUGCAGCAUUUACUUCUAACAUUUCAACCCAGAAUCAGCCUCCAAAUGUGACUUUGUUUCAAGACGAGGACGACACAGGCUGGGAUUCAGCAUUUCUUCAGCUGAGAGCCAGUCUACUGUCCUACUCGCAGUCAGUCCGCCCAUACACCCUGCUGACAAACGCUCAAGACUACCACUACAUGCCCAACACGCCGACAUCUUUUGACCAGUUUUGGAUGUCCAUAGAGCAGCCGUCUGAAUCAUCUGGGGGUCAACCUUUGUUGCGUGGUGGCGCGUUGUCUGCCAGAGAGAAGUUUAACCAGAGUGCCUCUCCAGAGCUGAGAGAGGCUGCAGCAAGCCAGCGCCAGAAGCUGGAGAAGGAAGCUGCAGAUCUGGACCUCAGUUCUCUUCCCUCACAGGUCGCCCUUUUGGUCAGAGACUGGUUAGUGUCCUCGGCCUCUUGUGGUUUAACCUACCAAUGGGUGGAUCUGGGUCUUGCGUUCUGGCCGCGUUGGCUGCGGCAGACUGAUUGUGAAAGAUCAGAUGAAGGGCAAAGUUGCUCCUUUCCUGGUGGGAUGGAGUGUGUGCGAGCUCAGAUGACUCACAUAAACAUCUUGGCGUGGCAUUGCUUGGAUAUCAGAGAGGGAGGCAAUGGGUCUAGAAGGAUGAGGGCUAACGGGUCUGACAGCAGCACUGAGAUGGGGACAGGUGAAGUCAUGAAAAGGUGUAUAUGGAGGCAAGUGCCUUAUCCUGUGGUCACAGCAUGUACAUGUUCAUGUAAAUGAAUUGUUUUCUCAUCAUAAGGUUUUCCCUUCCCAUCUUUUUCCUCAGCUGGGUUUCUAUAUAACACUGACAAUGAGUUUAUAUGACUGAUGAAAUCAAAUCAAUUUGUUGAGUAAUUUUCCAAACCUAAUUAAAGCUGAUUUUAAUCUUUUCAUUGCAUGUGCCCUAAUGCU